AUGGGAAUGUCAUCGAGUUUCCUAGUUACUUUUGUAGGAGUUCUAGUUCUUGUCAUUCUCAUUCAAGCUAAGGGCCAACCAGGAUUCAUCAGCAUAGAUUGCGGAGCUCAAGCAGGUGUCAACUAUACUGAGCCUUCACUAGACAUAAAUUACGUUUCGGAUGCAGAUUUCAUAAAUACUGGUGUGAGUGGGACAAUAUCAUCUGAAGAUAUCAAAAGACACAGUCAACGACAACUGUGGAGGCUGAGAAGCUUCCCGGAAGGAAAAAGGAACUGCUACAAAAUAAGCGUCACAGGAGGCUCUAGGUAUCUCAUACGCACUACUUUUCUGUACGGAAAUUAUGAUGGCCGAAAUAUGUUACCACAGUUUGAUCUUCUUCUCGGACCUAACCACUGGGCUACAGUCACUAUAUUCAAUGCAUCAAUGGACCAAUCCAAUGAGAUCAUUCAUAUACCUUCACUGGAUUUCGUACAAAUCUGUCUAGUGAACACAGGCAAUGGCACACCAUUUAUAACAACCAUAGAAUUGAGGACUUUGAAAAAUGAUACAUACGUUACUCAAUCCGGAUCACUGCAAAUUUACAAUGACCUACGUUGCGAUUUGGGUUCAGACAGAGGCUACAGAUACUGGUCUGAUGUUUAUGAUCGUUUCUGGUAUGGUCGUGAGUGGGACGCCUGUAACUUCGGCGAAAAUUGGAAACCACUAAAUGCCUCCAUUCCCGAUGAUUCUUUAAAUGAGAAUGAUUACAAGCCGGGUGCAACUAUCAUGAGCACCGCAGUUGAACCACAAAAUGAUAGUGCUCCGUUGGUAAUAAGCUGGGAGCCACAACAUGAAACUGACGAAUUCUAUGUGUACAUGCACUUCACGGAAAUUCAAGUGUUAACCACCAAUCAGACAAGACAAUUCAACUUCAUGUUGAACGAUGAAUCAUGGUAUGAAAAUUUUUCUCCACGCUACCAUGGUAUGAAUACUAUAUAUACGACGUCAGCCAUCAGUGGGAAAGAACUUAAAUUUUCACUGGAGAGGACUGAAAAUUCAACCCUCCCUCCCAUCAUAAGUGCCAUUGAAAUUUACAGAGUAAUAGAAUUACAGGAACCAGAAACAUUCCAAGGAGAUGUUGAUGCGAUUACUACCAUCAAGUCAGUUUAUGCGCUAGCAAGAGAUUGGCAAGGCGAUCCCUGCGCCCCUUUAGCCUAUUUGUGGGAUGGUCUCAAUUGUUCUUAUCACACAAAUGAUUCUCCAAGAAUCACAACUUUGAAUUUAUCUUCCAGUGGAUUACAUGGAAAGAUUCAUCCUUCAAUUUCAAAUCUCGCCAUGCUGGAGAAAUUGGAUUUAUCAAACAAUAGCUUAAACGGUGAAAUUCCUGAUUUUCUGUCACAACUGCCACACUUGAAGAUCUUAAACUUAGAGAAGAAUAACCUCUCCGGUUUAAUUCCCUCAGCACUUCAUAGAGAUUCCCUCUCACUAAGUGUGGACAAUAAUCCAAAUCUAUGUGAACCUGAUCAAUGCAACAAGAAUAAACACAAGAAAAACAAUAGCAUUGUUACACCCUUGGUAGCAUCUGUUGGCGGGGUUUUGAUUCUUCUGGUAGCAGUGGCAGCUAUAUUGUGGACAACUAAAAGGAGAAGAAUUAAAGAUAAAAAUACUUCGACGGUAGAAAAGGAUCAGAGUGAGAAAUCACCACAAUACACUGAACAAAAUGAUUCAUCACUGCAAUCCCAAAAACAGAUAUAUACAUACUCUGACAUCCUUAAAAUCACCAACAAUUUCACUACAGUUGUUGGUAAAGGAGGAUUUGGAACAGUUUAUCUGGGCUAUAUAGAAGACACUCCAGUUGCAGUGAAAAUUCUUUCCCCAUCUUCUGUUCGUGGUUAUCAACAAUUUCAAGCAGAGGUUAAACUUCUUAUGAGAGUUCAUCACAAAAAUUUGACCUCCCUUGUUGGUUACUGUAAUGAAGGAACCAAUAAGGGUCUCAUAUACGAGUACAUGGCUAAUGGAAACUUACAAGAGCAUCUCUCUGGUAAACGAAGAAAAAGAAAUUUCUUUAGCUGGGAAAAGAGACUUCGUAUAGCAGUGGAUGCAGCCUCAGGAUUGGAGUAUCUGCAAAAUGGUUGUAAGCCANCAAUAUUCCACAGAGACAUAAAAUCAACAAACAUCUUGUUGAAUGAACACCUCCAAGCAAAAUUAUCUGAUUUUGGUCUNUCCAAAAUUAUCCUAACAGAUGGGGAAACUCAUGUGUCAACUGUUAUUGCUGGUACUCCUGGUUAUCUAGACCCUGAAUACUAUCUAACGAAUAGAUUAACAGAGAAGAGCGACGUUUAUAGCUUUGGUGUUGUGCUUUUAGAGAUAAUCACAAGUCAACCAGUGAUAGGGAAGAAUGAAGAAAAAACCCACAUAAGUGAAUGGGUUAGGUCCUUGAUCGCAAAAGGUGAUAUCAAUGCCAUUGUGGACUCAAGGUUGGAAGGAGAGUUUGACAGUAACUCAGUUUGGAAAGCUGUAGAAAUAGCAACGGCAUGUGUUUCUCCAAAUCCCAACAGAAGGCCAAGGAUAAAUGUGGUGGUGAAUGAACUGAAAGAGUCUUUAUCAAUGGAAUUAGCUCGAACUGAAGAUAGAAGUACUCAAACAAGUGAUUCAAUUAACCAGGUCAUCAUGAAUCUCAAUACAGAAUCUCUUCCCCAGGCCAGGUAA